UACAAUAAUUCUGCAGCAACUGGUAUACCCAUGAUGCAAAAUAUACAAUACGUACCGGUGCUCAUGCCACAGUCAGGUAGCAGCGGCGAGGGUACUACUUGGAAAACUGGGCUAUGCGAUUGCUUUCUUGACCCCCCAAUGCUAUCAUGACAAUGAUAUGCCCGUGUUGGACGUUUGGCCAGAUUGCAGAGAUUGUAGAUAACGGCCAAACCUCUUGUAGUUGUAAUGCUUUACUAUACAUGAUCAUCUGGUUCUUCAUCAUGGUGCCAUGCUUGUUGUCCUGCACAUACCGGAGAAAACUAAGGAACAAGCUUGACCUGCCGGAAAGCCCCGGUCCCGACUGCAUCAUCCACGUCUUAUGCGAGCUGUGUGCUCUGUGCCAAGAACACAGGGAGCUUGAGCUCAGAGGCCUCGACCCUUCUUUAGGAUGGGUAGGAAACAUGGAGCAACUUCAGAGGCUGCAGAAAAAGAGGCAAGGUACAGUGGUCACACCUCCAAUGCCUCAGAGAAUGACGGGCAACUGAGGAAGGCAAAUUUUGUGAUAGGUCUCUUCUCGUAUCAGCAUUA